GCUGAAGCAUCUUAAACUACAUGCAAAGUUCCCCCCAGUUCAAAGUUCUCCCGAAAUCAUUAGAAUGAUGAGAAUGAAUCCAGUAGUUUGCAGGAGUCUGUUCGGCCCGGUGGACCACGAGCAGCUGCGCCGGGACCUGCAGCUGCAGCUCAGGGAGAUCACGGAGCAGGACAGCCGGCGCUGGAACUUCUGCUUCCAGACCGACACGCCGCUGGCGGGCCGCUUCCAAUGGGCGGAGGAGGCUCUCUGCCGGGAUUCCUCCCAGCACAGGGAGGCUGUCAGCACGACAGCGAGGGAGGAUGUGGAGGAAGCGCAGGGAGCCGACCAGGAAAACUGUGCGAGCAUCUCCAACACCCGCAAGGCUCCCGCUGAGGUGACACCGCUCCGGGGGAAGAGGAGGCUCCCCAACGCAGCCGAGCCCGGAGUCAAGGCACGAAUCACAGAUUUUUUCCCAAAGAGGAGGAGGUCAACAGAAACAAAGAGCAUCAUGAGCCUUUUUAACACUGGUUCCAGUGAAGCAGCUCACUGCAGGACGAUAAGAUGAACAUUGGACUCAAAGUGGACUAAUUAUGCUGCUAUUGUUAAUGCAUUUGAAUGGACGGAAUGCACUACAAACCCAUUUUAUUUUAUUUUCAGUGUUGGUAUAUGGUGCUUGACACUAAUUUCAACUAUUAUUUUGGAUAUUUAUUCUAUUUAUAGACACAUUUAUUUAAAGUCUGUUUAAUUUCCUUAACAUGUUGUGCCACAGAAAUGUUGUUUUUUUCCCAUGUUAAAAAAUCUGAUUUGGU